GGCGCCGCUCUCUCUUUUCUUGCUUUCAAAGCUCAUCUUCCUUCUUCCCUAUCCUCUCAUUUUCCUCUUUCAUUUUUAUUUAUAUAUUACCAAAAGAGAAUACUUUUCCAUUUUAUAAUUUCUCCUUACCACAGUUGGAUUACGAAAGGUCCUUCCCUCCUCCAUAUCUUUCCAUUUUAUACAACCCAUACCAACCUCUUCAUACUCUUCUUCCUCCUUUUUAAUCAUUUACAUAAAAAUCCAAACCAAAAACUGUAAUAAACAAAUCAUAAAAGAAAAGAAAAAAAAUGAAAGGUGAAGGUAACGAGAUGUUUCCAAAGCUCCCUCAAAACCACUCACUCUCCUCUCACUUCAACCUCCCAGCAACCAUCGCCGUCGAUGACUCCUCCAUCGAAGUCGUCCGUCGACCACGUGGCAGACCACCAGGUUCCAAAAACAAACCAAAACCACAAGUUUACGUCACACGCGACACUGAGCCUCCUAUGAGUCCUUACAUCCUCGAAGUACCUUCGGGAAACGACGUCGUUGAAGCCAUCAACCGCUUCUGCCGCAGAAAAUCCAUCGGCGUGUGCGUUCUCAGUGGCUCUGGCUCCGUCGCCAACAUCACCUUACGUCAGCCUUCUCCCGCAGCUCCUGGCUCAACCAUAACUUUCCACGGAAAGUUCGAUCUCCUCUCCGUCUCCGCUACUUUCCUCCCUCCGCCGCCUCGUACCUCCUUGUCUCCUCCCGUUGCCAAUUUCUUCACUGUCUCUCUUGCCGGACCCCAAGGACAGAUUAUCGGGGGAUUCGUCGCCGGCCCGCUAAUUUCCGCCGGAACAGUUUACGUCAUCGCCGCUAGCUUCAACAACCCGUCGUAUCACCGGUUACCGGCGGAAGAAGAGCAUAGGCACUCGAUUUCAGCGAGGGCAGGAGAAGGAGACGGCCAAUCUCCGCCGGUAUCUGGAGGCGGUGGAGAGUCAGAACACGUGGCGGUUAGAGGAGAAGAGUCUUGUGGGGUAUCCAUGUACAGUUGCCACAUGGGUACUCAUGGCUCUGAUGUUAUUUGGGCCCCAACCGCAAGGGCUCCACCGCCUUACUGACCAAUCUUUCACCAAGAGUCUCUCUGGCUUUCUGCUUUUGAUAUCGAAGAGUCAUCUCCUUUUGCUUUAUAUCUUCUCUAGCUUUUUUUUUUUGGACAACAUCUUCUCUAGCUUUUAAUGUCAGAAUUUGACUCUCUACGAUCUUACUCGCGAUUUUGUGUUGUUUUAGCUUAGUUACAAGUUUCACAUUUAAAUAAAUUUUAUUA